AUAUAUAUACAUACAUGAUACAUACAACAGUAACCAUCAAUUUCCCCCAUCUCCACUACACAAGAUGAGAAGCACCGCCCGGGUUAUGUGGGCCAUGAGGCUUCACUCCGCCGUAAGAGCCGCCUUACCCUGCGCCGUAAUAGGCGGCACCACCCUCUACGGGCCCACAUUCAUCACAAACCAAAUCAAAUUCCCCGCUUUCACAUACGUAACUGCCAUUCUUAUAACAUUCGACGCCACCGUACUCGGCGGCUCCCUCCGCGGCUGUUGGCACGCAUUCUGCGCCACAGCUCAGGUGGUCCCGCCAGCCAUGGCCGCGUGGUGGCUCGCCGGAGACGGGGAUGGUCUGUCCGUCUGGAUUGCGGCUCUGGCGGCGGCAGCCGCCUCCUUCGUGGUGGCGCUGCCCGAGUCGACGCAUCUGAUGGCAAAGAGAAUCGCUCUAGGGCAGAUUGUGCUGACCUGCACAGAUGCUGUUAUUACAAGUGAUGAAAGCAUUAGUGGAUAUAUGCACCCUCUUCAUAUUGCAGCAAGCACUGCCUUAGGCGCAUCGGCUUCUGUUAUCGCUUUGUUGCUUCCUUUUCCUCGGCUAGCCCAUUUCGAGGUAGAGAAACUACGCCGAGUAUAUGCUAAAAAUGCUCGUGAGAGGAUGAAUCUGUACUUACGAGCUUUUGACGCCAACGACAAUCGGACGAAAACAGAGCUCCUCUUACAAGCCAAGCCCUUUGCUCAAACAGGAAACAAGCUUCUACAUAAUAUCACUAUCUUAUUAGAAGUAAUAUGGUGGGAGAGACCUUGGAGCCAUUACAGCAAACACGACUUAGUUAGCAUCAAAGACCGAUUAAGAAUCACGGAACUCACAAUGAGCGGAAUGGAAUAUUCCCUGGUUUCUUCUCAAACACCAGAUAAUCAAGAACAAUUCCCUAGUGUUUUUGAUAGUCUUUCGAGCUAUCUUCACCAUAAAAUCGAUCAAGCUAUACUUCCAAUUGAAAAAGCACAUGAAAAAAGAAAAGGAAGCACGUUCAUAGAAGAAAACCUCUCUUUACCACUUGUGCCUAUACACAACAAGCAUCAAUGCAUCUGUUUUUUCUUCUCCUGCAUAGAUAUGUUCAUUAAUAAAACCGCAGAAAAUCAUAUUUCCCAAACUAAACCUCAAAAAACAGAGUUUCCCAUCAUCGAAAAAAUCAAGAAUUGGAUCUUCAAACUCAGUAGGAGUGACAGACUCGAAUCGGCAUUAAAGUGCUCGCUUUCUCUAGGCCUAGCAGUGGUCUCCGGAUUGAUGCUAGAGAAAGAAAACGGGUGCUGGGCGAGCCUCACAGUAGCCACCGGCUUCUCCAUAGGGAAGCAGCCCUUCUUCACGGCAGCAAACUCUAGAGCACAAGGGACAGCUGUCGGAUCGGUGUACGGUGUAAUAUGCUGCUUUCUAUUCCAUUACUUAGAAUUAAGGCUCUUAUCCCUUCUCCCGUGGAUAGUUUUCUCAAUCUUUAUAAGGCACAGCCGAAUGUACGGUCAAACAGGCGGAAUGUCAGCAGCUGCAGGUGCGUCACUAAUACUCGGGAGAAAGAAAUACGGGCCUCCGAGCGAAUUUGCUAUUGCCAGAAUCACAUCAGUUUUUGUCGGGAUGUUUUGUUUUCUUCUUGUGGAGCUUCUUAUUCAGCCAAACAGAGCAGCCACUCUAGCCAAGAGACAGUUGUAUCUGACAUUAGGAGCCCUCGAGAAUUCCUUAAACGGAACGGGAUUUCGUAGAGUGCCCAAAUUCCUACAAGCAAGAGAAAAAAAUCAAAGAAAAUUUGAGACUCGUGUCCAAGAACUGAGUAUAUCAGUGGCGGAUGCUGACUCGGAGCCCGAUUUUUGGUGCUUGCCUUUUCAGACAUCCUGCUACAAGAAAGUGGUGGCAUCUUUGUCCUGUAUAGUGAAUAUGGUGUACUUUCUCGAGUACAAUUUAGAAACACUGUCGGAAUAUCACGAGCAGUUGGAUAAUGAAUUGGAACUACUCAAAGAAUCUAUAAAGUCUCUGCUGAAAUAUUUGAAGGUGUCUUUGGUCAAAACACCACCAGUGGACAUAGAAGAGAAAUCGAGGGAAAUUGAGGCGGGGAAGUUGCGAAACUCGGAGAAAGUAAAUGAAUUGGUCAUAGAAUAUGAAGAGAAGGAAAACGAGAGACGACACGGAGAAACGGUGGUUCGGUGUAUGGGUGCUAUAGAGUUUUGCAUCAGUUCUAUGAGGAAAGAAAUAGAUAAUGUAGAAAUCUAUGUAAAAGAAAUAGUGCAAUGGGAGAAUUAUUCGACCAAAUAGAAAUUUCAACGAACUCGUAUUUCAUUUUUAUGUAACACAGAACUUCUUAUGUUCCCAGAUUAUUCAUUAUAGUUCAACAAAAACACUAAUAAGUAAUUGUCACGAAAAAAUGCAAAUCAACAUCCAUCAAAUGCAUAUCAAUUUU